CCCAAGAGGUGGUUUUCUCACUUUUAUAUUCUUUCUGUGGUCUGGAAUGGCUUCCUGCUCCUAGUAUUUAUUCAAGCUUUGUUCCUAGUAAGACCUCUCCCGUUAUGGCUUCAGGAUUUGCUCAGUGCUUUUGGUGAAGCUUCGCAGAACCAGGAUGUGGGUGACAAACACCUGUCUGCUCUCCUUGUUCUCAUACUCUUGUGGCUACACAGCUUUCGAAGGCUUAUAGAGUGCCUCUGCAUCAGUGUCUUCUCCAAUGGUGUCAUCCAUAUUGUACAGUACUGCUUUGGACUUGGGUACUAUGUUGCUAUUGGCUUAACUGUGCUUUGUCAAAUGCCAGCUAAUGUCAGCAAUGGAAAAAACCUCUUUGUGCAAAUUUGCUGGUACCACACCCUAGGAAUUAUGAUGUACAUUUGGGCCUCUGUUCACCAAUAUAGAUGCCAUGUGAUUCUAGCUAAUCUUAGAAAAAAUAAAUCAGGAAAGAUUGUAAACCUGAGCCACAAUGUUCCUUUUGGAGACUGGUUUGAGAGAGUAUCUUGCCCACAUUAUUUUGCUGAACUGCUAAUAUAUAUAUCUAUGGCUAUCACAUUUGGGUUUCACAACUUAACCUGGUGGCUUGUAGUGGCAUAUGUGUUGUUUAACCAGGCACUGGCUGCAAUUCUGUGCCAUGAGUUCUAUGUGAACAAAUUCAGCUGCUACCCAACACACCGAAAAGCAUUUAUACCAUUUCUUUUUUAAAAUCUUUAUUUGUAUUAAAUAAUGUUUUCCAUGAAAUCUGUGAAAUGCUACCUAAAAGGUAAUAAAAGACUGAGGUUCUCAGGA